UUCCUGCAGUGCCUGUGGGGUCACUGGAAAAAUGCUUGAUGUGUCUGUUGGACAUGGUGACAACAUCACCCUCUACUGUGACUGCAAACUGGACACUGGAGUGUACAUAGUGUGGUUCAGGAACUGUUCCCAUGAGAACCAGCCCACACUUUUUCUUAAUGUAAAACCUAAUGACUGGGUUGAGACCCAAUUAUCUCUUCAUUUCAAAUUUUUGAGGAACAGUUCCUCUAACUCCUAUGACCUGUCAAUCAUAAACAUCACCCACUCUGAUGAAGGAUCCUACUACUGUGGAACUAAAGAGUUGAAGAAAGAAGAAAAAGAAUAUCUAACUGAAAAAACCAUCUACAGAUACAGCGACAUCACAUCAAGAGUCACAGUUUACUCCACUGAUCUUCAUCCAGACAUUAACAAGGCUUCACAGGACCAUGAUUUGUGCUGGUAUCUGCUCCUCUCUCUAUGUCCAGCGGUUUCUGUUGUCUCUGCUUUUCUUUCGUCUCUUCUGGUUUACAGGCUUUGUCAAAGAACAGCAUCAAAACAUCAAGAAGAUGAAGAGAGACCCUACACAAAGAGCCAAACAAGACAACCACAGGAUGAAGACGUUUGCUACGCUGCCCUUGAAAUCCACGAGGCAUCACAGAGCCCAAAGACGGAGAGGACAACCCAGAGUUCAGACUUCAGCACAUAUUCUACCGUCAAAAAAAUUUAACAAAGAUAAUUAGAAAAAUGAAUGAUCAGUGUUUGUUUAAAUCACCUCUGUCAUUCUUGUCCUUCUAAAGUAUGUUUUUUGACAGUCGCUGGUCAGCAUUGCCAAUAGAUCUAAUGAGAGGUUGUAUUAAUAUUAAUACAACAGUCAGUACUGUAUUACAUGAUAGGAAAAUAACUCCAGGGGACGAUAUUUAUAUGUAUAUAUAUGUUAGGGGUGUCAAAUUAGCACGUUAACUGUGAUUAAUUAGUUACUGGCAUAUUUAGCACGCUAUUUUUAGGGCCCGAGCACUGACAGUGCGAAGGCCCUAUUGUAUCUGUAGGAAUUUUUUCUUUCUUUCUUUCUUCUGACGAAAUGAGGGCCUUUUUGCCCCCCUAAACGUGCCCCAAAAGUCACCAAAUUCUGCACGCAAGCCAGGCCUGGCGAAAAAUUUGAUAUUUAAUGGUUUGCAUUAAUGGGUGUGGCAAAAUGGCUCAACAGCGCCCCCUAGAAAACUUUGUGCCUCAAGCCCCACAAUAUGGUUUGACGUACAUGCACGAAAAUCAGUACA